ACUGACACCGCUACAACGUGUUUUUAUCGCUGGCUGUCCAGACGGAAGGUGCUGAAACGCUUUGUCGCGUGUCUGGAAGAAGUGAAAACUUUCCUGGGCAGCAAAGGGCUCACCUUUCCUGAGCUGGAACAGCCAGAGUGGCUGGAAAAGCUACACUUCAUGGUAGACAUGACAGCGCACCUGAACACGCUGAACACAGCUCUUCAGGGGAAAGGACGUACAGCCCUGCACAUGUUGGAGGAUGUUUUGGCAUUCGAGCGCAAGUUGACAGUGCUUGCCAGAGAUUUACAGAAAGGCACUUUGUCUCACUUCCCCAAUUUGAGAGAGUUCAAACAAGGUCACGACAUGAUAAUUUCGGAGUAUUUACAUUCUGCAAUCAUCGCAAUGCAAACAUCGUUUGGGAAACGCUUCUGUGAGUUCAGAGAGGAAAAAAACACAUUAUCCUUCCCGGUCACUCCCUUAAGCAUCGAUCCUUCCCUACUGAAUACGACUGCAUUGGCAGGUGUGAGUCAACCUGAUCUUGAGAUGGAACUGGCCGACAUAGCCGACAAAGACAUAUGGGUGUCCAAGUUUAGACGCUUGACAGCAGACCUUGAAGAUGUUGCCCGUCAGAAGGCCGUUCUUGCUCAGAAACACAAAUGGAGUGAUAUUGAAAACCUCACAGAUGACAGCUUGCGAUCCUGUGUAAAGAUGAAGGUGACAUCAUACAGCCCUGAUGUGCAGACGCUGUGCGCUGAGGUCCAGGAGCAGAAAUCCCAUUAACCAAGCUGACAGCUGGCUGACGUUAUUUUUGGUUUGCUGCUGGCGGAAAAUUUAAGUUCGGCGUUUUUCAUAAAUACAAGAAGGACUCA